ACACUAGUAUACUACUGCUCCUUGUCUUGUUUGCAUACACACACACACACAUUGAUACAUCCCCUAUUCAGCCCACGUGGGAGCCAUAACUAUCAGCCAUGAGUUCCACACAGGUCACCGUGUUUGCAAACACGUUUCUUGUCUCGCAGACAGGCGAUGGCGGGCGACCCAGUGUCUGGGUCGUGGGGCCGGACGAGGCCCGGGAACGCAGGCGCAAGAGGUCGCAUCGGAAAUCUCGCAUGGGGUGUGUCCGGUGCAAGCGGCGCAAGGUAAAAUGCGACGAGGCCGACCCGUGUAGUAACUGCGUCAGGCGCUUGGAGACGUGCGUCCGCUCCAAGCCGGCACCGUCCAGCCAGGGGCCAACCACCGUGCAGCGCAAGAUGCUCUGCGCCACAGUUGCAGAGCUCGGGUGUGGCGGUCCCGUCAAUUUGCUGCAGCUGGAAUUGCUACACCACUUUGAGAGAUCGACGCUGCCGACGCUGGCUUUCCAGGAAAUAUGGCCUUCCCUGCUGCAGCUAGCCUUCCAGUCCCAAGAACACGCGUACCUUGUCAACGCCAUACUCUCUCUGGCGGCAGCGCACCUCGACUACCUUGCCCCAGACACGCCGCGGUACCGCCGGGCGAACUGCGGCCUGCUAGACCGCGCUCUCCACGGUUACCGCUCGGCUCUCUCGGCGCCCAUCACCGCCGAGAACUGCGACGCCCUGCUCGGCACGGCGAUUCUCGUCAACUACCUCAUGUGGUGCGACCUCGACUUUAUGGAAGGGCAGGCGGAGCGUCGGCAGCAGCAGGCACUAGACCUGUCAGCCGACCAGCUGUACUGGCUGUCGACUGGCGUGCGGCAGAUCUUCUUCAUGGCGUGGCCGUUGUUCCAGUCCGAGCGUAGCGUCUUCUUCCACGUGCCGAUCCUGCAGCCGUGCAUGGCCAUCGAGGACGCCGUCGAAGCUCGCGGCCUCCGCCGGCAGGGUCUGGCGAGGGGGUUCGUGCAGCUGUACGACAAUCCGCGCUACCACGGGGGGCGCAACGCCUUCCGUGCAGACUCCCGGGCCCGUCCCCGGAAGCAGCAGCAGCAGGAUCGGACGUCUCACUCUCCCACGCCAAGCGCAAGCCCACCCAGUAGCAGCAGUAGCAGCAGUGCCACAUUACACUCGGAUGAAACAUGGUCGAGCAGCUUCACCCGCCAGGAAUCCCAAUCCUUAAAAGUGCUGACGCUCUGGCAGAGCUACAAAGAAGGUGAGGCCUUCGUCGGGAGAGCGGGAGCGGAAGACUACGGCCUGAUGCGCGCCGCCUACAAACGCCUCGCGGAGCGGCUCGCCGUUGCCAUGGCAUUUGCCUCGGACGGGGGGGUCGGCGGGGGCUGCCCAGCCGCGUUUCCGUCUAAGCCGCUAGGCCGCAGCCGCUCCCCCGUGCUCAAGAGCAAAGAUAUCGUGCGUUACGUGAUGACGUUCCCCAUGAUCUGCUUUGGGUCAUUCCUGCCGCUCAUCACAGAAGGCGACUCACGUGGCCUCGUCGUGCUGUUUCACAUCUACCGCGUCGUGCGGCAGCUGCUGCCGCCGGCAGACGAGAACUGGUGGUGUAGAAGGCGGACGGAAGCGAUGGAGGCGGCCUUGAGAUGCGAGCUAAGGGCCCGGGGCUUGGAGGUCUGUCUGAGGAAGCAAGAUGCUGUGUCGUAGAAAAUGGAUGACUUACAGGACGGAUUAUUUUGGAGGAUGUGCGUUAGGGCCCAAUUGAGAAGUCCAAAGGCCUCGUAUAGAUAGAUACUACAGGCUUAUUAGAGAAUACCAAAGCCCUACCUCCUUGAUAUUUACCGGUAUUGCUCGUCAAAACUACCCAGUGUUUUUUAUAGUCCAGCAGACUUCUGUUCCGAUAGAAUCUAAAGCUCGUCGUGUCCCGAAAUCUUGAUCUUCAUGCCUGGAAGGCUUCUGAGCGACACUCUUCCAGUGGCCACCCUGGUCGGGCCGAGAUCUUCAUACGUCGUCGUGACGCCGGGCG